GCACGGAACAUCCCUGGUUAUCGAUUCCUUCAUUUUCUUUCCCCUGCAUUCGGUUGUGUGUUGUUGGAGUAAGCAGAAUGGGUUCCCUCAAUCUGAAAUGGGCUUCAGGGUGCUUGGCUUUGUGGAAGGUAGAUUCAAGUAAAGCUACUCUGAGAGGUAGUUAUGGGAAUGAUCAGUUCAAGCGUAAAGAGAAAGGAGGAGCAAGAUGCAAAGGAGGUCAAAGAUCUGUGAUUGUUGCUACGGGACCAGCCAUAGACCACGCUCCUGCUAUUUCCCAAGAGCCCUUGACAAAAGAUCAUCUUAUUCACUACAUGGCAUCUGGUUGCAAGCCCAAACAAAACUGGAGAAUAGGUACAGAGCACGAGAAGUUUGGUUUUGAGCGUAAAACUUUACGUUCUAUUAAUUACGAACAAUUAUCAGCUUUACUCAAUGGCAUUGCUGAGAGGUUUGAUUGGGAAAAAAUAAUGGAAGGUGAAAACAUCAUAGGACUAAAAAAUGACAAGCAAAACAUAUCAUUAGAGCGUGGUGGUCAGCUUGAGCUCAGUGGUGCGCCUUUGAAAACAUUGCAUCAAACUUGUGAUGAGAUUAAUUCACAUCUCUAUCAGGCUAAAACUGUAGCAGAUGAAAUGGGAAUUGAUUUUAUGGGAUUAGGUUAUCAGCCUAAAUGGAGAUUGGAAGAGAUAGUUAGAGUGCCUAAGGAACGGUAUAACAUUUUACAGAACCAGUUAUGCAAAUUUGGCUCGCCUGGAGUUGAAAUAUUGAUCAUGACAUGCUCAGUUCAGGUCAACCUGGACUUCAGUUCCGAAGCAGACAUGAUCAAGAAAAUGCGUGCCGGAAUUGCUUUGCAGCCAUUAGCAGCAGCCUUAUUUGCAAAUUCACCUUUCAAGGAAGGGGUUCCAAGCUCUUAUCUCACCACAAGAGGCCACAUUGGUGAGUUUGACAAACAUCGCACUGGCAUACUCCCCUUUGUUUUUUAUGACAAUUUUGGGUUUGAGCAGUACGUUGAUUACGCUCUUGAUGUGCCGAUGGUGUUUGUUUAUCGAGAAAACAAGUACAUUGACUGUCGUGAUAUGUCAUUCCGGGACUUCAUCGCAGGUAAACUCCCUGCCAUUCCAGGUGAAGUGCCAACACUAGCUGACUGGGAAAAUCAUCUGACAACCAUAUUCCCUGAGGUCAGGCUAAAGAGAUACAUGGAAAUGAGAGGUGCUGAUAAUGGCCCUCCUGACAUGAUAUGCGCUGUCCCUGCUUUUUGGGUAGGCUUACUGUACGAUGAGGUUUCGCUACAAAAUGCUGUAGAUAUGAUUGCCGAUUGGACCCCUGAAGACAUACAGAAUUUAAGGGAUAUGGCUCCCAUAACUGGAUUAAGGACUCAAGUUCGAGGUAGAUUGCUGAGACAUAUUGCAGAAGAUGUGUUGAAGUGGGCAAAGGAAGGGUUGGACAGAAGAUGCUUGAGUGAAUCCGUUUUCUUGGAUCCAUUGAAGGAAGUGGUUGAGACAGGUUUGACACAAGCAGACAAGCUGUUGGACUUGUAUAAUAACAAGUGGGAAAACAACAUAGAUCAUGUGUUCAGAGAAUGCUGCUACUAAGUCCACUUAGAUUCUUUUAUGCGAAGAAGUUCAAGGAAUGCAUAAAACUUGUACUAAAUAUUUGUUUAGUACGAGGGAUUUCAAAUGAAUAAAUGACCACAAAGUUACUUGUUUA